AUGGCACGCCAAGUGCUUUUAGCACAGGCUUGUCAGCUGUUGAAGACCCCCUGUGGCUUCCCCUCUGCCGCGCACGCGCACGCGCGGCCCCGGUGUGGUCUGCAGAGGCUCCCCCCCACCCCGCGCGCCCCCGCGCAUGCGCACACGAGGCCCAGGUGUCCUCAGAGCCCCCCGCGGCCCGAGGCGCGCAGUCCCGCCGCCGCUGCGGGCGUCGGGCCGAAGACGGAGCUGCGGCAGGACCGAGCGGCGGCAGGACCGAGCGGCGGCAGGAGAGGCCCCGCUGCGUUUCCAAAGCCUCAGGCAAAAUGCCCUCCACGGGCUUUGCGAAGCCCACCUAGGAGGCGGGGCCUUUCCUUCCAGGAGGCCGCCCGGUCCGGAGCUCGCGUCCGGCUGAGACUGAGCCCCAACCCGGUCCCACGCGCCGACCCCCGCCCCUCAGCCCCCACUCUCCUCAGAAGCCCAACUCAGGAAAAGUGGAGAAACUCCGCUUUCCAGGGCGCCCAGCGACCGGGACCCCAGCGGCGCCGGCGGGCUCAGGGGCCCUCCCCCGGGCGGAGCCGCCUGGCCGCCGGGUGUGUAGGCGGCGCUGGAGACGCGCUGAGCGGCCUCGGAAAACCAUGCGUCGGUCUUGUGGAGGAAGAAGGCGGGUCACGAGACAGCACGUGUGACACGGUCUUGUCUGCGAGGACACACGGACACUGUGCACAGAAACCCGGAGGCUUCGAAGCCACCAGAAGUAUGCAACACCAGACUCUGUUUUGGGAUGACUGGAUUAUAGGAAAAUAAUCACAGCCACCAGUGGGAAGAGAGUCAGUGGAUGGAUCCUGGGCAUGACCUUGCUCCUUAGUGACCCCAUGACCGUCCCCCUGGAGAGGGAACCUGUAGGAGGCAGUGACGCCACGGAGCUGCACUCAUGCCUGGCCCAGGACUCAAAAAAGCUGAAGGAAGAGAUUUGCUGAGAAGUGGAGAAGCAUGAGUCUGGCUGCUGCCUCAUGCAACAGGGUGUGCCAGCAGAUCAGUGACCUCGUGUGUAAGCCAACACACUGCUGGAGCCCUGCACUGACCUUCAGAGCAGAAAAAUAUGGCGAAGGCUUCACUUUUAACUUCCAAAUAUCAUACACAUUUCUCUUAUGGCCACUGUCCCAAGAAUAUGCAGGGAAGAGAAUGCUGGAAAUGUAUUCGCAAUUUAGCUAAGUCAAUACAGGACAGUCAUCAUAGCAGCAAAUAAUAUUUUCUGUUUUCAUGCAGCUUAUAUUCUGUGAAAAUGGGUAAAAGAAUAAAUACAUUAUCUAUCUAUCUAUCUA